CUUCGUAUUACCCCAUGAGGAGUGGCUACUAUCACGCUAGACCAUCACGCUAGACUGUAAGUAUGUUUCUGCUACCACUUGGUAAAAAAGUAGGUGCCGAGGGUGCUACUUACGUGCGGGGUGAUUCUAUACGUGAGCCGAUUCCUUUAUAAAUACCAGAACGGCCCUUGACAGGGGCAGGGGUUUGAUUAUCCAUUGUAUUCCAAUACGACUGUUCCAAUGUUUGACAUCGAUCUCAACUUCAGCCACUACAAAUGGGCAUUCGCCUACUGUGCGGUUUCCGCACUUGGGGCCCUGGUAUUUGGCUACGACAACACGUACUACAGCGGCAUCCUGGGCAUGCAGGAAUUCAAAAACGAUUAUGGAACGCGUGUCAUUGACGGGAAAAAGGCUUUGGCUACCGACUUCACAUCGCUGACAACGUCAAGUAUCUACAUCGGUGACAUGCUCGGGGCUUUGAGUUCGGGAGUAUUGAAUGACCGAUUUGGGCGGAAAGCUGUUCUUUUGAUUGCGGCAUUCUUCGUCCUGGUUGGGGGUAUUGCUCAGGUGGUGGAUACUCACUUUGAGGCUGUUAUAUCAGUUGGUCGGAUAUUGAUUGGUAUUGGAGUCGGCAAUUUCACAGUGACUUCGCUUCUCUAUAUUGGCGAGGUUGCCCCAGUUGAGGUUCGCAGCCCUGCCCUCUAUCUGUUCCAGUUCCUGCAGUCUUGCUCCCAGCUUGUGGCCGCGGGCUUGACACAAGGCACGAAUAGCAUUAGCUCGUCGUUAUCCUACAAACUACCCAUGGGCGGCCUUGUUAUACUUCCCAUCGCGGCAUUUAUACUGGUUCCAUUCAUCCCUGAAUCGCCAACCUGGUAUGUCUCUCGCGGACGAAGAGACGAGGCCCAGAAUGCCCUGUGCAAGAUCCACAGAAGCAAUCCUGCAUACGAACCUUCAACCGAUCUUGAACUUCUCGAAAAAGCCCGCGAGCAUGAAGAAGAGCAGCUGGCGGCGUCGUCAUGGAAGUCAUUACUUCUAGACCCCAUCGAGCGGAAGAAGCUGAUAUGGGCUGCCGGAGGCAUGUACGCCCAGCAGAUCUGCGGUAUCAUCUUUUUCUACAACUACGGCGUUGUUUUCGCCCAAGAACUUGGUGUCUCUCAGCCGUUCACGAUAACGCUCAUUACCAUGAUUCUGCAGAUUAUCGCCGUUGCCGUUUCAGUGCUCACGGCGAAUAAGCUCAAGAGACGCUCGAACCUGCUCUACAGCACGGCGCUCAUUCUCCUCGCAUUCAUCAUCAUCGGCGGUAUUGGCACGCAGAAAGAUCUCUCCACGGCGUCGAAAUACGUGAUUGUCGUCUUUUCAUACGUCGUCAUCUGCGCUUAUAACUUCGGCCAGGGGCCUCUGACGUUUGCGAUCACACGCGAGCUCUCGGUAGGCGUCAACCAGAAUAAGAUCAUCUCGGUAUCGAUCUUCGCGCUCUAUUUCUUUCUGUGGUUGAUUUCCUUCACGGCGCCGUAUUUGUAUACCAGUGCCGGGCUGGGGCCUAUGGUUGGGUUUGUUUACGCGGGGACGACUGUUACCUCGCUUGCGUGGGUCUGGUUCUGUGUUGGUGAGACGCAGGGGAGGACGAGGCUGGAGAUUUCUUUGCUGGUUGAGCAUGGUAUUCCUGCUAGACGGUGGCGUACCCAUGUUUUUGCACGGGGUACUACUGCUCAGGAGAAGGCAGAUGUCUCCCAUGUGGAGGGCUAAUCUCGGGGGGAAAAUUAUGGCUUAUCCAUGUACUAUUGAAUGGUGUAUUCAGUUUAUCUUUUGGAGUGUCUCCAUGCAGUUCUGCUUUGGAUCCCGGAUGGUUUUGCUAUACUCAGCCUUAAAAUGGGAACAAAUGGCGGGAUGAUUAUAGGGUUG